AUGGUGUUAGGCCUUCUUGUAUCAGUGGUAGUGGCGGUGGUCGUGACGGUGGUGGUGGUAGUGGCGGUGGCUAGUGGUGGUGGUAGUGGUGGCGGCGAUGACGACAAUGGCGGCGGGGGUAAUGGUGGUAGUGGUUGUGGUGGUGCUGGAUGUAGUGGUGAUGGUUGUGGUCGUAGUGGCAGUGGCGAAGGUGGUGGUGGUAGUUGUACUGGUGGUGGUGUUGGUGGUGGUUCUGGUGGUGUUGGUAGUGGUGGCAGUGGCGGUUGUGACGAGGGUGGUUGCGGUGGUGGUGGCGGCGGCGGUGGUAGGACAGUGGUGGUGAUGGUCGUGGUUGAGGCGACAACGGUGGUGGUGGUUGUAAUGAUGGUUACAACGGUGGUGGCUACGAUGGUGGUGGUUAUUGGUGGGGGUGGUGGUAGUAAUGGUUGUAGUGCUUGUGGUUGUGGUGGUGGUGGUGGCGGUGAUAGUGGCGGCGGUGCCUGUAACAAUGGUUAUGGUGGUGGGGGUGGUAGUGGCGGCGACGGUGGUGGUGGUGAGGGUUGCGGCGGCGACGGUAGGGCUGGUGGUUGGGGUAGCGGUGGCGGUGGGGAUGGCGGUGAUGGUAGUGGCAGUGGCGGUGUGGCAGUGGCAGCAACAGAAUUUAUGGUUGGGUUGUGUUGGCGGCGUUGGCGUGGUCGUGGUCGUGGUGGUGUUGGUGGAGGCGGUGGCAGCGGCGGCGACGGUGGUGGCAUUGGUGGUAGCGGCGGUGACGAUGACGGUGUGGUGGCAGUGGUGGUGAUGGUGGUGGUAGUGGAUAUGGCGGUGGCAGCGACGUGUGGUGGUGGUGGCGACGACGGCAGUGGCGGCGGCGGUGGUGGUGGUGGUGGUUGUGGUUGUGUUGGAUGUGGUGGUGAUGGUUGUGGUCGCAGUGGCAGUGGCAGUGGCAGCGGCGGCGGCGGUGGUGGUAGUGGUGGCGGUUUAAAGAUUUUACACUUAACAAAUCCCAGCCCUUUAAUUUAUUGUUGGGCCGUGCUAUCCAAGUUGCUGCCCAAACUUGCUUUUUCUAUAGAUGAUGCAGCUGCUGGUAGGCUUGUUGCCGUGAAGAUGUUGAUGCUUGGAUGA